GCGUGGGCAUAAUCCAGAUAUGGUUUGUUGCUAACUUUGGGCCAGCCCAGCACGUAACUUGAACCUUAACAUUACGUUUUGUUCAGCUGCAGUGGCAUUGCUUCCUGUCCCCCGUUCCGCCGACGCACGCUUCUCUUCCUUCUGCCAUUUUGUACUCUGCACGCUGCAAACACUUACAUUUUUGCUGCUGUUGGUGUAGAUAGUGGCGUCACCAAGAAUCUUCGAAUCCGCCGCAGAGCCGCGAUCGGCCAUAUAGACGACUCCCCGUGCAGCUCUCGACCAUGCGUUUCCCGCUCUCGAACCUCGCCGUGACGGCAGGCAUAUUCGCCUCGACUGCUGCCGGCCUGACAGCACAGGACAUCCCCAGCGACACGCCCGUCUCUGUUCUGCUGACGUCGGCGCAAACCCACCUGGCCCAGGGCCAGACCAGCGAUGCCCUCGUCUACUACGAUGCUGCCAUUGCUAAGGACCCGAACAACUACCUGACCCUCUUUAAGCGUGCCACAGCAUACCUCUCCAUCGGCAGAUCGAGCCAGGCGACCGACGACUUCAACAAGGUGUUGGCUCUGAAGCCUGGUUUUGAGGGAGCCCACGUGCAGCUUGCCAAGAUCAAGUUGAAGACUGCCGACUGGAAGGGUGCGAGAGAGCAGUAUGUUGCUGCCAACAAGGCCGAGGACUCGGAAGAGCUCGUCCAGUUGGCAGAGGCUGAAGCAGGAGCCGCGGCGGCGCGUGAGGCCGUUGAGGCCCAGCAGUGGGAAGAGUGUGUGACCAAAGCCGGCGUGGCCAUUCUGGCUGCACCGAGAGCCGUGGAAUUGAGAGAGCUGAGAUCACGCUGCCGAUUCGAGCGCGGCGAGAUUGAGGAAGGCAUGGGUGAUCUCCAGCAUGUCUUACAUCUCAAGCCCGGCGACACAACUCCCCACGUGGUCAUCUCAGCGACGAGCUUCUAUGCGCUCGGCGAUUUUGAGAACGGCCUAGCCCAGAUUCGAAAGUGCCUGCACUCCGACCCCGACUCGAAGGUCUGCAAGGCGCUACACAAGCAAGAAAAGGCCUUCCACAAGAAGUUUGGCCGCGCAGAGGGCCAGCUCAAGAAGGGCCAGUCGACAACCGCUGGCCGCACAAUCGUCGGCACCAGCGAAGAGGCUGGCCUGCUGGCGAUUGCCAAGGAGCAGUUCGAUGCACUGGUCAAGGACGGCAUGAUGCCCACCCAUGCCUCGUCCCGUCUACACAGCAUCCUGACCGAGAUGGCGUGUCAAGCAUACACCGAGUCAAGUCACAAGAACACGGCGCAGUACUGCGACGAAACCCUCACACUCAACCCCAACUCGUUCUGGGGCCUCUUGCACAAGGGCAAGGCGCUGCUGAAGCAAGACGAGUUCGAAGCGGCUAUCCAGACACUCAACCAGGCCGCCGAAGCACGCCCCGACAAGCGCGACAAGGUCAACCCCGUGCUGCAAAAGGCCCAGAUUGCCCUCAAGCGCAGCAAGACAAAGGACUACUACAAGGUGCUCGGCGUGGCGUCGGACGCCGACGAGCGCCAGAUCAAGUCUGCAUACCGCAAGGCGUCCAAGAUCCACCACCCAGACAAGGCUGCCAAGCAGGGCAUCUCCAAGGAGGACGCCGAGAAGAAGAUGGCGUCCAUCAACGAGGCCUACGAGGUGCUGAGCAACCCGGAGCUGCGCGCGCGCUUCGACAAUGGCGACGACCCCAACUCACAGGAACAGGGAAGCCCGUUCCAGGGAAGCCCGUUUGGCGGCGGCGGUCAUCCGUUCAUGUUCCAGCAAGGCGGCGGCGGUGGUGGUCAGCAGUUCAAGUUCCAUUUCGGCGGAGGCGGUGGUGGUGGUGGCCAUCCCUUUGGAUUCUAGACGUGAAGAAGUUAAACUAGACGAACGACUUUUCUGUACAUUUUUUAUUAUUAGAGCAGUCAUGUAUAUCAUAAUCAUAUUUGAUUCCAACGAUAAACGCUUUCAUUUUUGAGUAAAUCCUCCUCUAAACAUGUCAU